AUGGUGAGGAAAUGGGAGAAAAUUGUCACAGAAAAUGGAUCAUAUGAGUUGGAUUUAUGGCCAAAUCUUGAAAUUUUGACUUCAAAUGCACUUUCAAAAGCUGCAUUUGGAUCAAAUUAUGAAGAAGGUAAAAAAAUAUUUGAUCUUCAAAUGGAACUCAGUGAGCUAGUUAUGAAAUCAUUUCCCCUUCCAGGAGCAAGUCUUUUACCGACUAAAACAAAUCGAAGGGUGAAGGAGAUUGCUAAACAAGUGAGAAGUUCAAUCCAAGGUAUUAUUACUAAAAGGUUGAAGGCAAUGGAGCGAGAAAAUGCUGGAAUUAGUUACGAUGAUUUACUUGGAGUAUUAUUAGAAUCGAAUUUGAGGCAAAUUAAAGAAGGUGUAAACAAGAAUUUGGGGAUGAGUAUGGAGGAAGUUAUUGAAGAAUGUGAGUUUUUUUAUUUUGCUGGGCAUGAAUCUACCUCAGUUCUGAUAAUGUGGGCAAUAAUUUUAUUGUCUAAGCAUUUGGACUGGCAAGAACAUGCUAGACAAGAGAUUUUACAAGUUCUUGGUGACAAAAAACCAGACUUUGAUGAUUUAUCACGAUUAAAAAUUGUCAAUAUGAUUCUUCUUGAGACUCUUAGGCUAUAUCCACCAGGAGUCAUGUUUGCAAGAGUCCUUGGAGAAACAACAAAAUUGGGAAAUAUAACUUUACCUUGUGGAGUUCAAGUCAAUAUACCUACACUUUUCGUUCAUCGUGACCAAGAAAUAUGGGGAAAUAACGCAAAUGAAUUCAACCCAGAAAGAUUUAGUGAAGGUGUUGCAAGUUCAACAAAUGGAAAAUUUGGUUAUUUCCCAUUUGGAUUUGGUCCUCGAGUUUGCAUUGGACAAAACUUUGCUAUGUUAGAAGCUAAAAUCGCGCUUGCCAUGUUUUUACAACAUUUUACAUUUGACAUUUCUCCAUCUUAUGUACAUGCUCCUUAUCUUGUGGUGACACUCCAAGCUCAGUAUGGAGCACAAGUAAUACUACGUAAAGUUGUAAAGUCUGCAUAA